UGUGUCUGAUACUUCAUUAACGGAUCUGAUCAAGGGAUUAGGGCUCAUAGCUGCAUAUUGCAUUACAGAUAGCUUUCUGCCUUCUUCUGCACUUUUAGAGGAAAAUUACACCAUCCUCAGGUUACACCUUGACCCCUAUGGCCAGGAUAUUACGAGGCCUUAGUGUAAUGAUGUCCCGCGCAUACACAACAACCAGGCGUACAAUAUCAUUGCAGGAGGAUGCAAGGCAGAUAUUUUCGGCUGCAGUAUCCGCAGUGCUUCCUCAUCACAUGCUUCGUAGGACGCUGUCAGUGAGGGACGGCUCUGUCCUGGUUUGUGGGGGGAUGGAGAUUCCCCUAAAUAACAAUCUCUAUCUGGUUGGAUUUGGAAAAGCUGUGCUGGGAAUGGCAGCAGCAGUAGAGCAAAUUGUAGGAAUACACCUGCUGCAGGGAGUUAUCAGCAUCCCACGAGGAAUGGAGAAAAGCCUACAACAAGCUGGGAGAAGGGAAAUGCUUCUUUCUCGGAUCCGGAUUCAAGCAAUAGAAGGAGCAGAAAACAAUAUGGCGGAUGAGGCGGCACUAGAGGCUGCUAGACAAAUACAAAGUCUAGCAGAGAAACUGACUGAACAAGAUAUACUACUGGUGCUGAUAUCAGGUGGCGGUUCCGCGCUCCUUCCAGCUCCUGUUCCUCCCCUCACGCUGCAAGAUAAGCAGACUAUAACCAGACAGUUAGCUCUGAGAGGAGCCUCAAUACAAGAACUGAACACGAUUCGCAGAGCUCUGUCUCAGCUCAAAGGUGGAGGCUUGGCCAGAGCAGCUUACCCAGCACUGGUUAUCAGUCUGAUACUGUCUGAUGUCAUUGGAGAUGACCUUGAUGUUAUUGCAAGUGGUCCUACUGUUUCCAGCUUCUACAAUCCAGAGAAAUGUCUCAAGAUACUGAGGAAGUACAAUCUUUCAGAAUCUGCACCUAAAGUGGUUGAGCAAGUUCUGUUCUCCAAGCCUCAGGUGCAAUUUGAUGAUAUUUUCCACAAUGUCCAUAACAUCCUUAUUGGUUCCAAUCUGAUAGCACUAAAGGAGGCAGAGCAGCAGGCUGCACAGUUGGGAUAUUUUCCUCUUCUUCUCUCUACAGCCAUCAGCGGAGAUGUUAAAAUAGUGUCUCACUUUUUUAACCUUCUUACUCAGGUGAUCUGUUCUAUUUUGGCGUCCAGCUCAGACCAGGAACAAUUGGAACAAGACAUUCUGACUUUGGCUACUGAGAUGGCAAUUCCUGACUUGAAGCUUGCUGAUAGAUUGCAGGAGCUAAGAAAAUCCAAAGAUGUGGGAUUGGUUUGUGUUCUCUGUGGAGGAGAGACCACAGUGCUUGUACAAGGAAAGGGGAAAGGGGGAAGAAACCAAGAACUGGCGUUGCGGGUAGCACAGGAGUGGCAUAGGGUUCAAUCUAGUAUACAGAGCUGCAAGGUCUUGUUCCUCAGUGGAGGAACAGAUGGUCAGGAUGGUCCUACUGAAGCAGCUGGUGCCUUCUCUUACCCAGAACUUGUAACACAUGCACAGGAGAAAGGAUUGGAUGUUAAUUAUUCUCUGAAUCAUAGUGAUUCUAAUAGUUUUUUCAGUCAGUUCCAAGGUGGCCAUGACCUGCUGGUGACUGGUCUAACAGGUACCAAUGUGAUGGACGUACAAGUCCUUCUUAUAAGUAGAAUUGCAAUUGGUAACCAUUGAGACCUGUGGUAUUUUAUUGUAAGAAUCACAUACGUUGUAUUUUUGUAGGAUCAAUGAACCACUAUUGAUUUACAACUUAAAGGGCCAUAAU